UUCCUACCCUGGGUAUGAUGUGGUCCUAAAGCUGAUGGGCCUGUGUACACUGGAAGAGGCGGGGCUCGUGGGUAAUGCAGCAUCAGAGGGAGGGAUUGCUUAUGUAACUGGGACAGCAGAUUUAGCAGAAGGAAAGGAGGACUGGGGAUGGGAGCAGUGAGCUGUCGUCAGGGGCAACACAACCGGGUGUCUGCUCCUCAAAAGCAGGGUGGCAACAGCCAGGGACCCUGGGCGCGAGGCUGGAAGAGCCUCUGGUGUGGUAUGGGGACCAUCAGGUCAGGUCUGGAAGAACUAUGGGAACUACAGAGGCAUCAGUGCCUACGUCAGGAACCACUCCAGCCAGACCCACUGCUGCUAGAGAAGCCUCUGUCUGAGUGGCCAGUGCCUCAGUUCAUCAGCCUCUUUCUGCCAGAGUUUCCCAUGAGGCCUGUCAGGGGGCAGCAGGAGCUGAAGAUUUUAGGCCUUGUGGCUAAAGGCUCUUUUGGAACUGUCCUGAAAGUGCUAGAUUGUGCCCAAAAGGCUGUAUUUGCAGUGAAGGUGGUGCCCAAAGUAAAAGUCCUCCAGCGGGAUACUCUGAGGCAGUGCAAAGAGGAGGUUAGCAUUCAGCGGCAGAUCAACCAUCCUUUUGUACACAGCUUGGGGGACAGCUGGCAGGGGAAACGACACCUCUUCAUUAUGUGUAGCUACUGCAGCAUGGAUCUCUACUCCCUGUGGUCUGCUGUUGGCUGUUUUCCAGAGGCUUCUCUCCGUCUGUUUGCAGCUGAACUGGUCCUGGUGCUGUGCUAUCUCCAUGACUUGGGUAUCAUCCACCGGGAUGUAAAGAUGGAGAAUAUCCUUCUAGAUGAACGAGGCCAUCUGAAACUGACAGACUUCGGUCUGUCUCGCCGCCUAUCCCAGGGAGCACGAGCCUAUACUAUCUGUGGCACUCUUCAGUACAUGGCCCCAGAGGUCCUGAGUGGUGGGCCUUACAACCACACUGCUGACUGGUGGUCCCUAGGAGUAUUGCUCUUCUCUCUGGCAGCUGGUAAGUUCCCAGUGGCUGCAGAAAGAGAUCAUCUGACCAUGUUGGCAAGUGUGACCCGCUGCGAAUCUGAGAUUCCAACUUCUGUUAAUCAGGAGCUCUCACUCCUGCUCCAGGAGCUCUUAUGCCAGAACCCUCUGCAUCGUCUACGAUAUCUGCAUCAAUUCCAGGUCCACCCCUUCUUUCGGGGUGUGGCCUUUGACCCUGAGCUCCUACAGAAGCUGCCAGUGAACUUUGUCGUGGAGACGCAAGCUACCUGGCCCAGUCCAUUGGAAUCCAUGCCCUUCAGGGACUUUGACUAUGAUCUGGAGUCCUUGCUCCACUCCAUCUCUGCAGAUUCUGUACUGUAGCUGUGUGCCCAGCUGGAAACCACCACCAUAGUAUGCCCACUAUGAUGGCCCAGUUUUUACUUUGUUGUUCCUUGCUGUUCUCUAUUGUAGGUAUUGGCCAGAGUUUAAAUCUUUGGCAUUCUGCAACUGAUAGCCAAAACUGCCUCUAAUGCUUUCCUAUCGUAAACCUACCUCUCAGUUGCAGGUCAAGGCAGUGAGUGACCUUCUUUACUUCACUUCUCUAGUACUUUCACUUACACUGCCAAACAAAGGCUUCUUAAGCCUUCCUGUAUCCAUAUUUUUCUACCAUACUUCCUUUCUUGGGCAAUAAUGACAGUCUGUGGGCCUCCAAGGUGCUAUUUAUAUAUUUAACAAGCUGGUAGAGGCUGGAUGGUGUUGGCUGUGCAUGUCUCUAAUCCCAGUGCUGGGGAGACAGAGGCAGGCAGAUCUCUGUGAGUUUGAGGUCAGCCUGAUCUACAGAGUGAGUUCCAGGACAGCCAGGGCUACACAAACCCUGCCUCAAAAAAACAAAAACCAAAACAAAAUACCAAGCUAGUCAGAAGCAAUGUGAAUGUUUUUUACAGGUUGCAAAAACUGUCAUUUCAACAGCCAAAUAAAUAUCCCAGUACUUGAGAGGCAGAAAGAUCUCUUGUGAGUUCAAGGCCAUCCAAUCUGCAAAGUAAGCCUCACAGCAGCCAAGCCUGCAUAGUGAGACCCUUCCUUCUUUUCUUUCUUUUGGUUUUUUAAGACAGGGUUUCUAUUUGUAGCCCUGGCUGUCCUGAACUUGCUCUGUAGACCAGGCUGGGCCUCAAAUUCAGAGAUCCACCUGCAUCUGUCUCCCUGUUUGAGUGCUGGGAUUUAAGGCAGUGCCACCACAUCUGGCUGAGACACUGUUUAAAAAAAAAAAAAAGGAGUUGGAGAGAUGGCUCAAUGGUUAAAAAUGAUCAUUGCUGACAAAGGGCUUAGAUUGGGAUUUUAGCAUCCACAGUGGCACCUCACAAGCGCCUAUACAUCCAGCUCCAGGGAGAUCGCACAUUUCUGGCUUCCUCAGAUAUGCAUACCCACAUACAUAUCCACAUAGAUACACGUAAAAAUAGUUUAAUUUUAAUGCCAGAUAUGAUGACACCUGCCUUUAAUUCCAGCACCACCAGCGAGGCAGGUGGGUCUUUGUGACUUUAGACUGGUCUACAUAGUGAGUUUCAGGCCAUCCAGGGCUACAUACUGAAAUCCUGUCUCAAAGAAAAUGACAGAGCAAAAUGGCCCAGCAGGUAAAGGGACUUGCCAUGAAGCCUGAGGAUAUGAGCUUGAUUCCCCAAGACUCACUUGGGAAGGAGAGAUUGACUCCCACAACAUGUAUGCAGUUUCCCUAACUAAAUAAAGAAAUGUAAUUUAAAAAGUGUGAUCUCAAGGCUUAAAGCUAAUUUUCAAUAAAUACAAUUUUUAAAAAUUGGAA